AUGGCCGAACACUGGAAGUCAACGCCCAGAUACUGGUGCAAACAAUGCAAGAUCUACAUCCGCGACACGGCCUUUGAAAAAACCCAACACGAAGCCACUGGCCGCCACCAAGGCAACCUCAAGCGCUUCCUCCGCGACAUCCACCGCGACAACGAGCGCCAGCAGCGUGAUACCCAGCGCGCCAAAAGCGAAGUCGAGCGGUUGCGCCAGGCCGUCUCUGGCAGUCCGGCCUCCGCCGGAGGACAGGACUCCGACUCCACUGCUGCUGCUGCUGCUGCUGCUGCGCCGCCACCACCGCCGCAGCAAAAGUCGGCGUCGGUUGAGGAGCGCAAGAAGCAGAUGGCGCAGCUGGCGGAGAUGGGGGUCGCGAUUCCGGAUGAGUACCGUGGGGAUAUGUCUCUUGCGGGGGAUUGGCAGACGGUUUCGACGCGGGUGAUUAGGGAGGAGGGGGAGGGGGAGGAUGGUGGGGUUAGGGGCGUGCGGAAGAGGAAGAUGCAGGAGGUGGAUGAGGAGGAGGAGGAGGCGAAGAGGGAGGCCGAGAAGUUUGUGAGUAGGCCGUGGGGAUCCCGUACGAGGGUAUAUCCUGGUGCCGUUGGGGGUGAGGAUACGGAUCUUGAUGCGCUGUUGGAGUCGACGAGGGAUAUCAAGAAGGGUAGGACUUCUGGGGUGGACGAUGGUCAUGGGGAUAACGGUGAUGGGGACAGCGGUCGUGGGGAGAAAGACACUGCAACUGCGCCGGAUGGUGCCGCUGCCCAGCCUGUGAAGCAGGUGAAGGAAGAGGCAGAGGAGGAGGAGCCGGAAUCCAAGGUGGCUGCUGAGCCUGCCAAGCCGGCGGACGAUGCAGCUGGGGGAGUGGUCUUCAAGAAGCGCAAGCCGAAGGUAAUGAGGAGAUGA